GGACACCAGAGGCCAAGCGACGUCAGAACACCGACAAUAGAGGUAUUUUUCCUCAUGUAUAGAUUUUAAGGACGAAGAUGCUGGUGCCAAUUUUCACCUUGAAAAUUAACCAUCGUGUGAAUCCACACAUGGUAACAGUGGGUAGAUAUGAUGGUAAACACACAGCUUUGACAUGUGCUACAGCAGCAGGAAAGGUGUUGAUUCAUAAUCCCCAUGUCAAAUCUCAGAGAGGAGGUCGGGUGGAUUCAACUUCUGACAGCGAUGUCAAUCUUCUCAGUAUCAACCAGCAGGUGUCAUCCAUUUGUGCUGGAAGGCUUAAUCCAAAUGCUGUCAAUGACAUACUGGCUGUGGGGACACAAACGAACCUUCUGGCCUACGAUAUUGAUAACAACAGUGAUCUUUUCUACAAAGAUACACCAGAUGGAGCAAAUUCCCUGAUUAUUGGAGAGCUUGGUGAGAUACAGGGACCAAUGGUAAUUAUAGGAGGAAACUGCUCCCUGCAAGGAUAUGAUCUCGAGGGAAAUGAAAAUUUUUGGACGGUGACUGGUGAUAAUGUAUGUUCUUUGACUUUAUUGGACUUUACUGGAAAUGGACAGAAUGAGCUGAUAGUUGGAUCAGAGGAUUUUGAUAUUCGAGUUUUCAGGGAGGAUGAAAUACUGGCAGAAAUGACAGAAACUGAGGCAAUUACUUGCCUUUGUCCUAUGAAUCACACUCGUUUUGGGUAUGCUUUGGCUAAUGGGACAGUUGGCGUUUAUGAUCGUACAUCAAGGUACUGGAGAAUAAAGUCCAAAAAUCAAGCAUACACAAUACACAGUUUUGACCUUGAUUCUGAUGGUGUACCAGAAUUAAUCACGGGUUGGAGCAAUGGAAAGAUUGAUGCCAGAAGUGAUAGAACAGGAGAAGUCAUUUUUAAAGAUAAUUUUACCAGUGCAGUUGCAGGCAUUGUUCAGGCAGAUUACAGACUGGAUGGAUCCCAGCAGUUGUUGUGUGUGUCCACAGAUGGAGAAGUCAAAGGAUACAAUCCAGCACCAAGAGAAAUGAGAGGUAAUUUAAUGGAUUCAAAUCUGGAACAAGACACAGUCAGAGAGUUAGGAAUGAGGAAACAGAAUUUGUUGAUGGAGCUGAAAAAUUACGACCAGAAUGAAAAGGCUGGGGUAGUUGCAGCAGCAGCCAUGCAAGGGGCUCUACAGUCGGGGGUUAAGUUCUCAGCUGAACGGCCUUUUCCUGUGGGGGAGGAGUAUGACAAGGAGAAAAUGGGGGUCAUACCAGCAGCUACCCAGUUACAAACAACUUUAACUGUGAACCCUGGAGAUGAUACCAAACCACCACAUGUGGAGCUUUUUAUUGGAACAACAAAUGACACCUUGGUUCGAGCUGCUUUGAUAUUUGCUGAAGGAAUCUUUGAAGGAGAAAGCCAUGUUGUACAUCCUCAUCCAAAUGCUUUGUCUAAUUGUGUCCGUGUACCAAUCAUUCCACCUAAAGAUGUUCCAGUGGAUUUACAUAUAAAGGCUUUUAUAGGCUAUAAAUCAAGCAUCCAGUUCCAUGUGUUUGAAUUGACCAGGCAACUACCAAGGUUUUCAAUGUAUGCUCCAUGUCGAAAAGACUGUCCAGAACCCAAAAGCAGCUGUACCUUCCAAGUCAAUGAAAGAAUGCAGAGAGUGUUGUUGUGGGUUAACCAGAGUUUCCUCUUACAAGAUGAUAUUGAUGCUGAGGGCGUUCUUAAUGUUGCUUUUAUGUCUCUUAGAGGGUCUGGACCAUUGUUUCUUAAAAUGGAAGCACAGGGUUUGAUGACAAUUAAGACAGAGGAUAUGGAUUUAGCGGGUGAUAUCAUUCAAUCUCUGUGUCAGUUUUUGAACAUUGAUGAUAUGCAGGUUACCGCAGACUUUCCAGAGGAAAUGGAAAAACUAAGGCAAAUCCUUGUCAAAGUUGAUGAAUUUCAUGCAGUUAGACAGAAGCUAACAGCUGAAAUGGCUGACCAUUCCAAUCUGAUAAGAAGUAUGGUUGUGAGGGCAGAGGAUGCUAGACUUAUGGGUGAUAUGAAGAAUAUGAAAAAAGGCUACAUGGAGUUAUACAACAUGAACAGAGACUUAAUCAGUGGUUAUAAAAUACGCUGUGGCAAUCAUCAGGAAUUAUUAGCAUGUCUGAAACAGCUCAAUCAAAUGAUACAGAAAGCAGGGAGGCUCAGAGUGGGCAAAUAUAAAACACAGGUGGUCUCAGCAUGCAGAGCAGCAAUCAAGAGCAACAAUGUCAGCGCUUUGUUUAAAAUAAUCAAGACUGGAGCAUCGUAGAAGCAGAUAAACACUGAGUAAUGGACUAAUGGAGCAACUUAACACUGAAUAAUGGACUGGUGCAACUUAACACUGAAUAAUGGACAGGAGCAAUGCUAUUUAUUCUAUUUGUACAUCAGUUUGCUUUGAAGUUUAAGUAAACUCCCCUGCUCCUUUCUCUCUCUCUCUCUCUAUCUGCCAUGUUAUGUGUGUCAAGUACAUUUGGUUAAGGCUACUGACAGGAUAUGAAUGACACUUGGUGGGGAUAUCUUUUUUUUUUUAGUUCACUCUUGGUAUUUCUACUUUACUGUAAUAGAGAUGUGGUGAAUUAAACUGUGUAAGCAAUGGUGAUUAUGAAAAAUUAAUCCAUCCCAUGAAAGCAUUGACGUGUAACUAAUAAUUACUGGUAUAUAAAGUCUACCAAUGAUAUAAUACAGUAUUUAGUUGAUGACCUUGCAUCCAUCAAUGAUAAAUUUGUAUCAUAAGUAAGAUAUACACAUACUUUAAUGAGGUAAUUUGUAUCAUUAGUGGACCUUGUAUCAUUAGUGGUUAACAUAUGGCACUUGAUUCAUGAUAUAGUAAUCUCAUUAAUGGAUGCAAAUGUAAUCACUAAAAUUACACGAAAUCAUGAGUGAAUUUUGUAUCAUUAGUGGUAAUGUACAAUAAAAAAAUGUACAUUACAUAUUGUUUUUUAUUACUUGUGUGAUAUUUUUUACUGUAAGUUUCAUUUUUGUUUUUACUUUGUCUACUGAUAUCUACUGAUAUACAUAAGCCGUCCUUAAUUACAUUGUGCAUUGUAUUGUGCUAUAUUUUUUGCUUUCAACAAGCAACAUGCAUAUACAUUUACUUGUAUAUAUGUUAAUUUAUGACCUUGUUGGAACACGACACAUACAUUAUUUUGAAAUAAAGUAGUAUGAAGACAA